AUGGAGUAUCAGCGCUUACAGCUCCAGGCUAAGGAGGCGCAGCGCGCACAGGAAGAAGCAAUACUUGCUAAGGAGACUCUUCAUAAACAACUGGACAGGAAUCGUCGCCUGCAGGAAGCCCAGAGAAGGGUGAGAAUGGCUAAACUGGUCUCCUCAGUCCUAAACACAGAUGCGCAGGCUGUUUCACCAGAGCCCUCAUUAACUCCUGAAGGCUACCUCCAGCUACCAACAACCCACACCUGUGCCAGACAACGCUCCGAGCCUUCUUCAAGCCACGCAGCCAACGCAGUAUGUACCUCCUAUCCACACACAGAGUACGAAUACCACCCACAGCCCUACACCACGGCCUUGAAAGCUCUUCAAGACAAGUACGGCCAACCACGGCAGCUCGUUCAAUCUGAACUGGGUACAAUAUUGAGCAUGCCAGCUUUCAAACCAGGAGACUUUGCUGCAUUCGACUCCUUCGCCCUGGCGGUGCAGUCAUUGGUUGGAAUGCUAAGGUCACUUGAGGGUCAUAACAGUUACGAGCUGAUGUGUGGCUCUCACGUCGAUCGCCUGCUGAGCAAGAUGCCGCCACACCUCCGUGACAGCUUUGUGGAAUACUGCCUGACCCGUGGUAUCCUUCAGACAGUUGUGCAACAUCUGAACUUCAAGGGUGAUUCCGAGACCCUGGCUCUCCGGACAGUGCAUCGGAAAGUUGAACACAUUGCUGGCUCAUCUAUCUCCUUUGAGAUUUCUCCCAUUGAGAACCCCUCUGAGAGCAACACGUCACAACAACAUCACGAGACUCUUCUGAGGAGGCAGCAGCUGAAACUGAUACUUUCUCUGAGUCUUUAUGAGAUCUGUCUCAGACUCUGUGUCCAGAGUGUGAUGAAGUCCUCUCUGUCUCAGACUCUGUGUCCAGAGUGUGAUGAAGUCCUCUCUGUCUCAGACUCUGUGUCCAGAGUGUGA